GAAGGGGAAUCUGGGCGACCUGGAGACCAGCCUGAAGCGCGUGGGGGCUUGUGUCUGUGGAGGAGGGAACGGGAGGUCGCGGGAACCCCCCAGGCGGGAUCUUCAGUGCAGAGCCCGCCGGUGCCUGUUGGGGGGAUCCGAGCCCUUCCGGUUCCCUGGGCGCAGAUGGGACUGAGCCCGGUCGGGAGCACGUGCUCCGUGCUGGCCGGGGUGCAGGGACCUUGUGCCCGGCCCCACCUGCAGCCGGACGGGAGACAACCCGGUUUUAGCGGCAGGAGGGGAAAGCGCAUUUAUAAUGAGACCGUGAGAGCCAGAAAGCGCGGGCGAGCUUCAGAGCUGAGGCAAAAGAACACAGGAAACAGCAGGGCCUAAAUUUGCCCGGUCAGAAGUUCUUGACCCUCUGCUGGAUUUGGAGAUACUGCCACCUGCUGUAGCCACCACACUGGGGUGUGACAGUGGAGGAUUUGGGUCAGUUUUGAGAGAGAGAGAGAAGUUGAGUCAAUGAAAAGCUGUACGGUUUAGUCCACGUGUCCACUUGCCGUCUCAUGUGGACAGGUGGUGCCGCCCCUGCACGGUCCUUCCUUGGCCUCCCAGCCGAACCUCCCCAGUUCUCUACACUCUCCCCAGAGCAGCAGAAUGAACACAUCUCAGGCCUCAGUGUCCUUCAAGGACGUGACUGUGGAGUUCACCCAGAAGGAGUGGCAGCGCCUGGGCCCUGCUCAGCGGGCCCUCUACAGAGACGUGAUGCUGGAGAUCUACAGCCACCUCGUCUCCGUGGAGAGAGGUUGAGUCAAUGCAAAGCUGUGCGGUUUAGUCCACGUGUCUCAUGUGGGCAGGUGGUGCCGCCCCUGCACGGUCCUUCCUUGGCCUCCCAGCCGAACCUCCCCAGUUCUCCAUACUCUCCCCAGAGCAGCAGAAUGAACACAUCUCAGGCCCCAGUGUCCUUCAAGGACGUGACUGUGGAGUUCACCCAGGAGGAGUGGCAGCACCUGGGCCCUGCUCAGCGGGCCCUCUACAGAGACGUGAUGCUGGAGAUCUACAGCCACCUCGUCUCCGUGGAAGACUACCGACGUGGUCUUUUAGAGGAUAGCCAGGUAAACCAAGACAAGUAUUUAUGUCAAGUUUUAUUCACCACCAACAGACCAGUGACUACACAGCAAGAGAAAGUUUCAGGAAAACCAUUUAAUCUGGACACAGACAUUAUUCCUUCAAGAAUACUAAUCUCUACAUGUGACAGUGUGCGGCCUAGAUACUUUGGUGUCUACCCAUUGGCUCCACAUAAUGACUCAAAAAAGAAGACUAAUGAAUUUAAUUCGUCUCAUUCCAACACUAGAAAUGAGAGAACAAACACUGGAGAGAAGUCUUCCCAAAUUUUUAUUAAUAGUUGUGUGGACGAACUUACUUUGGGGCAGUCUUUUGAUUAUGAUGAACAGGGUAGUGCUUUGCAUGAUAAGGCUUCCUCCAUUACAUGGAAGAGUGCUUACACAAAAGAGAGGUUUUAUUAUAAAUUUGGAACAAAACUAUGUGCUGACUCAGCCCUUGUUGUCUCUCCAAGUAUUCACACAGAGAAGAGUCAGUGUGGAUUUCAUGAAGAUCAAUGUAAUAAAAUUGGGAACAAUUUCAGAAUGGUUGCUAAAUUUCAGAGAACUGAUAGAAGAGAGAAAACGUUUGCUCAAAAAGCUCAUUUUAGAGAAUAUCAGAGAAAUCACACAGGAGAGCAAACCCUUGAGUGUGGGAAAAACUUGAGCUACAAUUUAGCCAUUAACAUGCAACAGAGAACUCACACAAUAGAGCUAUCUUGUGAUAAUAAAACACGUGAGCAAAGUUUCAGUUCUAAGGCAGCCUUCACUGUACAGCAGAGAAUUCAUGUGAGGAAAAAACACUAUGAGUGUAAUGAAUGUCCAAAAUCUCUCUUUGGGAGGUCGUCACUCAUUUUACAUCAAAGAAGUCACACAGGUAAGAAAAUUUAUGAAUGUCAUGAAUGUGGGACAGCUUUUCCCUGGAAAUUAUCCCUCAUUGUACAUCAGAGAACUCACUCAGGGGAGAAACCUUAUCAAUGUAAUGAAUGUGGUAAAAGUUAUGCCUGGAUGUCAAGCCUUGGGAAACAUCACAGAACUCACACAGGGAAGAAACCCUAUGAGUGUAAUGAGUGUGGAAAAGCUUUCACCUCCAUGUCAUACCUCAGAGAACAUCAGAGAACUCACACAGAGGAAAAACCAUAUGAAUGUACUGAAUGUGGGAAAACUUUCAGGCGCAGUGCAAGCCUUGGAGUACAUCAGAGAACUCACACAGGGCAGAAACCCUAUCAAUGUAAUGAAUGUGGGAAAACUUUCCUCUGGAAGCAAGUCCUGAAUAUACAUUUGAGAACUCAUACAGGAGAGAAGCCCUAUGAAUGUGUUAAAUGUGGGAGAACUUUCACACGCAAAAAAGAGCUUACACAACAUCAGAAGACUCACACGGGUGAGAAACACUAUAAAUGUAAUGAAUGUGGUAAAACUUUCAACAAGAAGUCAAAUCUUGGAAAACAUCAGAGAACUCACACAGGGGAGAAACACUAUCAAUGUAAUGUAUGUGGAAAAGCAUUCACCUCCAUGUCAAAUCUCAGAGGACAUCAGCGCACUCACACAGGGGAGAAACCCUAUCCAUGUAAUGAAUGUGGUAAGACUUUCAGGAAUAAAUCAAAUCUUGGAAAACAUCAGAGAACUCACACAGGGGAGAAACCGUAUCAAUGUAAUGAAUGUGGAAAACCUUUCAGGCAGAGGUCAAACCUUAGAAAACAUCAGAGAAUUCACAGAGGUGAGAAACCCUAUGAAUGUAAUGAAUGUGGAAAAACUUUCAACCAGAAGUCAAACCUUGGAAAACAUCAGAGCACUCACCACAGCAGAGAAACCCUAUGAAUCUGGAAGAGUUUCAUUUUCAUGUCAUAUCCAAAGGACAUCAGAGAGUUCUUACAGGGGAAACUCAUAUGAAUGUAGGAAAUGUGAGGAAAUUUUUCUUUGGAAGUCAGUCCUUAUAAUUCGUCAUGUUUGCAUUCUGGGAGGAAAUGCUCUGAAUGUAACUAAUGCAGAACAGCUUUUGUUUGCAAUUUAGCUCUCAAAAUUCAUACAGGGAGUGCAGUGAUUUACACAAUUUCAGCAAUGAGACUCACCUGUGAAAACAUCAGGAACCUCACAAAGGUGAAAAAUCCUAUAAAGGUGGUAAUGUGAGAUAAUCUUAAGAGAGUUGUCAGAUGUAAAAAGCCAAGGGGUGGAAAAGUAACUUUUUCUUGUACUCUGUUAUAUUCAGUGGCUGGAGCCCUGCAAAUUGAAAGACACUUACAGGAGAAAAAGGUUUAUUUCAUAUACAUAUGGAGAGCGUCACAUAAAUGAAAUGAAAACUCCGUGAGGUGAUAAGUCCCGUCAGCUUAUAUGACAUUUUAACAAAAGGACAAUACAUUUGCAAAGAAGUGUCCACACAAGGGAAAAGUGUUUAGAGCUAACGCAGGUGGUAAGUUGUGGGAAGGUAAAUAGACGGCGAAACCAAUGGAAUAUAAGUGUUAUUUCAUGAAGAUUUGUUUAUGCAGAUAUUAGUUGGUGCCAUCUCCAAUGAUACGAGUUGUCUGCUCUUGAUUAUACACAGAGGGCAUGGGGAACACAUUUAUAAAAGGAGAUUUAUGUCCUGCCUUUCGGCAGAUGGGUGAAGGUUAUGAAAAGGUUUUUCUGUGUCUAUUGUUUUUCAGUUGCUUUCAGCUGAAGAUCAUCCUUUUGCCAAAGUGGCAUAAUUUGGGGUGGCAUAUUUUGAUCCUCUUGUUCGCACCAGGGAGAAACCUCAUAAAUGUGAUAGACGUAGGGAAGAUUUCCAGCAGAAUUCAAACCUCAGAGAGCAUCAGAAAACUCACAGGGAAUUAAACAUGAAUGUAACGAUUGUGGAAAAACUUUCA